UGGACAUCAGUGCGCGGCGCGUCUCUAUGGCUGCUGUGGACUGACGGAGCGCAGCCGGACAGUGAGCGCUCAUCAGCGGCCAUGGCUGAAGGUGGAGACGCGGAGGAUGAGAUCCAGUUCCUGCGGACCGAUGACGAGGUGGUCCUGCAGUGUGUGGCGUGUAUUCAGAAAGAAAACCGGAAGUUCUGUCUGAGCGCUGAGGGUUUGGGAAACCGUCUCUGUUAUCUGGAGCCCACAUCAGAGGCCAAGUAUUAUCCUCCAGAUGUGUGUAUCUGUAGUUUCGUGCUGGAGCAGUCUCUGUCCGUGCGUGCGCUGCAGGAGAUGCUUGCCAAAACUGGACAAAACAAUGACCAAUUCAUUAGAAAGGCGGCUCACAGCGCAGGACACAGAACGUUACUGUACGGUCACGCAAUCCUCCUCAGACACUCCUUCAGUGGAAUGUAUCUGACCUGUUUGAAGACAUCCAGAUCAAUGACAGAUAAAUUAUCCUUUGACGUCGGACUGCAAGAGGAUUCAACAGGUGAAGCCUGCUGGUGGACCAUUCACCCGGCGUCCAAACAGAGAUCUGAAGGAGAGAAAGUUCGUAUCGGUGAUGAUCUCAUUCUCGUCAGUGUUUCAUCCGAACGCUAUCUUCAUCUGUCUAUAUCCAACGGCAACAUUCACGUGGAUGCGUCUUUCAUGCAGACGUUGUGGAAUGUGCAUCCCAUCUGUUCAGGAAGCAGCGUGGAGGAAGGAUAUCUUCUUGGCGGUCACGUGUUACGUCUGUUUCACGGUCAUGAUGAGGUUCUGACCAUCCCGGCCUCUGAUCAGAGUGAAGAAGAACAGAGGAUAGUGAACUAUGAGACGGGGAAAGCAGGAGCUAAAGCGAGAUCUCUGUGGAGGCUGGAGCCGUUACGCAUCAGCUGGUGUGGCAGUCACAUCCGCUGGGGUCAACCCUUCCGUCUCCGUCACCUGACCACCGGUCACUAUCUGGCCCUGACGGAGGACAGAGGGGUCGUUCUGCAGGACCGCGAGAGAUCAGACACCUCGUCUACAGCGUUCUGCUUCAGAGCGUCUAAGGAGAAGCUGGACUGCAGCGUGAAGCGUGAUGUUGAGGGGAUGGGCGUGGCAGAGAUCAAAUACGGAGAUUCUCUGUGUUUUGUGAUGCACGCGGCGACGGGCCUGUGGCUGUCCUAUCAGGCGCCUGAUGUCAAAUCAACACGUCUGGGUCCUCUGAAACGACGCGUGUGUCUUCACUCAGAGGGACAUAUGGAUGAUGGUCUGACUUUACAGCGAUGUCAACAUGAGGAAUCCAGAGCCGCGCGAAUCAUCCGCAACACAACACGACUCUUCAGUACCUUCAUCAGAGAGCUGGAGAGUUUGAGCAGUAAGAACCAUGUGUUUGUGGUUCUGCCCAUUGAAGAAGUUCUUCAGACGCUCAAUGAUCUGAUCGCGUACUUCAGACUGCCCGAUGCUGAACUGGAACAUGAGAAAAAACAGAUUCAACUGCGUUCCCUGAAGAACCGACAGAACCUCUUCAAACAGGAGGGAAUGCUGUCUCUGGUGUCUAACUGCAUCGAUCGCUUAAGUGUUUAUAACAGCGCCGCUCAUUUUGGUGAACACGCUGGUGAAGAUGCAGCUGCAGCGUGGAAAGACAUUCUCAACCUGCUCUAUGAGCUGCUGGCUUCUCUCAUCCGGGGAAACAGAAAUAACUGCACGCAGUUUUCACAGAAUCUGGACUGGUUGGUCAGUAAACUGGAGAGGUUAGAAUCAUCUUCAGGGAUCUUGGAGGUUCUUCACUGUAUUCUGAUCGAGAGUCCUGAAGCUCUGAACAUCAUCCAGAGAGGACACAUCAAGACCAUCAUCUCUCUUCUCUACAAACACGGACGAAACCACAAGAUUCUGGACGUUCUCUGCUCUCUGUGUGUGUGUAACAGUGUCGCUGUGAGAGCCAAUCAGAAUCUCAUCUGUGAUCACCUGCUGUCCAGGCGAGACCUCCUCCUGCAGACACGAUUGGUCAACGAUGUUCAGAGUAUGCGACCCAACAUCUUUGUAGGAGUGAGUGAGGGCUCGGCUCAGUACAGGAGGUGGUAUUUCGAGUUGGUGAUCGAUCACGUGCAUCAUUUCAUGACCGGCGAGCCCUCGCACCUGCGGGUGGGUUGGGCCUCCACGAGAGGUUACGCCCCUUACCCAGGUGGAGGAGAGGGCUGGGGGGGUAACGGAGUCGGAGAUGAUCUGUACUCCUACGGCUUCGAUGGACUGCACCUGUGGUCGGGGCGGAUCUCUCGUACCGUAGCGUCCGUGAAGCAGCACGUGCUGACGUCUGAUGAUGUGGUGAGCUGCUGUAUGGAUCUGAACGCUCCCAGCAUCUCCUUCAGGAUCAACGGCCAGCCGGUUCAGGGCAUGUUUGAGACCUUCAACUCCGACGGGCUGUUUUUCCCUGUAGUCAGCUUCUCCGCUGGGGUCAAGGUGCGUUUCCUGUUAGGUGGUCGUCAUGGUGAAUUUAAGUUCCUGCCGCCGGCCGGUUACGCACCGUGUUACGAGGCUCUGCUGCCUAAAGAGAAGAUGAGGGUGGAGCCAGUGAAGGAAUACAAACGAGAUGUGGGCGGAGUCAGAGAUUUACUGGGAAACACCCAUUUCACAUCACAGGCCUCGUUUAUACCUAAACCUGUGGACACGUCUCAGACCGUGAUGCCUCCUCACCUGGAGAAGGUCCGAGAUCGACUCGCCGAGAACAUUCAUGAGCUGUGGGGUACGAACAAGAUCGAGAUGGGCUGGUCAUACGGAAAGAUCCGAGAGGAUAAUAAACGUCAGCAUCCAUGUCUGGUGGAUUUUUCCAAACUGCCAGAGACAGAGAGGAGCUACAACAUACAGAUGUCAACAGAAACGCUGAAGACUCUUCUGGCUUUGGGUUGUCAUGUAGUUCAGGUGAGGGUCAAUGCCGAAGAAGACCUGAAGAAACUCAAACUCCCUAAGAACUACAUGAUGUCUAACGGUUAUAAACCAGCGCCGCUGGACCUGUCUGAUGUCAAACUGACCCCAGGUCAGGAGCUGCUGGUGGAUAAACUGACAGAAAAUGCCCACAACGUCUGGGCCAAAGAUCGCGUCAAACAGGGCUGGACCUACGGCAUACAGCAGGAUGUGAAGAGUAAGCGAAACCCUCGCCUUCUGCCAUACGCUUUACUCGACGAGCGAACCAAGAAGUCAAACCGCGACAGCCUCCGUGAAGCCAUCCGCACUCUGAUUGGAUACGGCUACAGUGUUGAGCCGCCCGACCAAGACGCUGGUCACGUGGUGGAGCGGUUGAGCAUCGAUAAGAUCCGUUUCUUCCGCGUUGAGCGGACCUAUGCGGUGAAGACGGGGAAGUGGUAUUUCGAGUUUGAGGUGGUGACGGGUGGAGACGUGCGGGUGGGCUGGGCUCGGCCCGGCUGUAAGCCCGACGUGGAGCUCGGAACAGAUGAUCAAGCGUACGUCUUUGACGGACACCGGGGUCAUCGACUCCACAUGGGCGGUCGGCUCUUCGGUCGCUGCUGGCACGCGGGUGAUGUUGUGGGUUGUAUGAUCAACAUGGAGGACAAAUCCAUGAUCUUCACCCUCAACGGAGAAAUCCUGAUCACUAACAAGGGCUCAGAACUCUGUUUUGCUGACUUUGACCUCGAUGACGGUUUCAUUCCGGUCUGCAGUUUAGGACUAUCUCAGGUGGGCCGUAUGAAUCUGGGGAAAGACGCCAGCACGUUUAAAUACUACACAAUGUGUGGACUGCAGGAGGGCUUUAGACCUUUCGCCGUCAACAUGAAUCGUGAGGUGACCAUGUGGUUCAGUAAACGUCUGCCAACCUUCUUCAAUGUGCCCAGAGACCACAGCGACAUCACGGUCACCAGGAUUGACGGUACUGUCGACAGUCCGCCCUGUCUGAAGGUCACUCAUAAGACGUUCGGGACUCAGAACAGUAACUCAGACAUGGUGUUCUUCAGACUGAGCAUGCCCGUAGACUUUCAGUCCACCUUCAGAAGCUCCACCAGCCACAUGAACGGAGUCUAUGAGGAGGAACCGCUGAAACUCAGACACAGGUAUCCGGUGAAGUCAAUGAAACACUCGGAGGAGAGCAGAAGAAUCGACUACAGCAGCAUCACCACGUAUUAUCAUUCAGUCCGAAUAUUCGCGGGUCAGGAUCCGUCCUGCGUGUGGGUCGGUUGGGUCACCCCCGACUAUCAUUACUACAGCAACGACUUUAGCCUCAGCAAGAACCGCACCGUGACGGUGACCCUCGGAGACGAGAGGGGUCGUGUGCAUGAGAGCGUGAAGAGGAACAACUGCUACAUGGUUUGGUGUGGAGAUGUCGGCAGCGCGGGGCAGACCGGCGGCAGAAGUAAUGCAGAUUUAGAGAUGGGCUGUCUUAUCGAUGUGGCCACCGGUCUGUUGACCUUCAGCGUGAACGGCAAAGAGCUUCCAACUUCACACCUGGUGGAGCCCAGCACAAAACUCUUUCCCGCUGUGUUCGUGCGUCCGACAAGCUCCAGUCUUUUCCAGUUUGAACUGGGCAAAAUCAAGAACACCAUGCCUCUGUCAUCAGCCAUCUUUAAGAGUGAACACAAGAACCCGGUUCCUCAGUGUCCACCCCGUCUGGACGUCCAGACCAUCAGCUCGGUGCUGUGGAGCCGCAUGCCAAACAUAUUCCUGAAGGUGGAGACGUCCCGGAUCAGUGAGAGACACGGAUGGAUGGUCCAGUGUAACGAACCCCUGCAGAUGCUCGCUGUACACAUCCCUGAGGAGAACCGAUGUGUGGACAUCAUGGAGCUUUCGGAGCAGAAGGAACUGCGUAAGUUCCACCAUCACACACUGAAGCUUUACUGCGCUCUGUGCGCUCACGGCAACACGCGCGUCGCUCACGCCCUGUGCAGCCACCUCGACCAAUCCCAGCUCCUGUACACCAUCGACAACCAAUACCUUUCCGGCAUGCUGCGCGAGGGCUUCUACGGCGUCCUCAUCAGCGUUCACCUGGAGACGGCCCGAGCCGCUCGGCUCAUGAUGAACAACGAGUUCAUCAUCCCCGUCACCCCCGAGACGCGCAGCAUCCAGCUCUUUCCAGACGCGUCCAAACGCCACCGGCCCCCCGGCGUAGGUCUCAGCACGUCCCUGAAGCCCAAACUCAACUUCGCACCUCCCUGUUUCAUCAGCGCUAAACGAAACCAGCACCUCUACAGCCCCGAGAUCCCGCUGGACGUGCUGAAAGAGAAAGCCAUCAGCAUGCUGACGGAGGCGGUUCAGGGCGGAGGAGAUCACAUCAGAGAUCCCGUGGGAGGAAGCGUGGAGUAUCAGUUCGUGCCCAUCCUGCGCCUCAUCAGUACUCUGCUCACCAUGGGCAUCCUGACCAGCCGAGACGUUCACAAGAUCUUACUCCUCAUUGAGCCCAAUGUGUUCGGAGAACGCAAGGAGGAGGGCUCAAGAGAGACGGGGGUGAAGGAAGGUGUGACGGGAGCGGAGGAGAAGACUGUCGAGACUGGAGAAGAAGAACCAGUGAAGGGUAGAAAGGUCAUGAAGGGACUGCUGGAGAAGAAGUUACCUGAGUGUGUCAAACGACAGAUGUGUGAUCUGCUUCAUUAUUUCUGUGACUGUGAGUUGAGGCACAGGAUCGAGUCGAUCGUGUCGUUCUCCGACGGUUUCGUUUCCAAGCUGCAAUUCAACCAGAAGUUUCGCUAUAAUGAGCUGAUGCUCGCGCUCAACAUGUCUGCCGCCGUCACCGCAAAGAAAACCAAAGAGUUUCGCUCUCCUCCACAGGAACAGAUUAACAUGCUGUUGAAUUUUGACAUGGGCGAGGGCUGUCCGUGUCCAGAGGACAUACAGGAGGAACUCUAUGACUUUCACACUGAACUGCGGCUACACUGCGGAAUCCCAGUGGAGGAACCAGAGGAACAUGAAGACACGUCUCUUAAAGGUCGUCUGCUCGCGCUGGUCUAUAAGAUCAAAGGUCAACCGCAGAAAUCUGACACACAGCCCCGGGAGAAAGAGCAAACAGCACCAACCAAUCUGAAGGAGCUGAUCUCUCAGACGAUGGUGAGCUGGGCUCAGGAGACACACAUUCAGGAUCCCGAGCUGGUGCGCGUGAUGUUCAGUCUGUUGAGGAGACAGUACGACAGCAUCGGCGAGCUGCUGAGAGCCAUGAGGAAGACGUACACCAUCAGCGCCGCCUCCGUGAGCGACACCAUCCACCUGCUGGCCUCACUGGGACAGAUACGCUCGCUGCUGAGCGUCCGCAUGGGUAAAGAAGAGGAACAGCUCAUGAUUGAUGGCUUGAGUGACAUCAUGAAUAACAAAGUCUUCUACCAGCAUCCGAACCUGAUGAGAGUUCUGGGGAUGCACGAGACCGUGAUGGAGGUGAUGGUAAAUGUGCUGGGAGGAGGAAAAUCACAGGAAAUCGCUUUUCCCAAAAUGGUAGCGAGCUGCUGUCGAUUCCUGUGUUACUUCUGUCGAAUCAGUCGAGAGAAUCAGAAAGCCAUGUUCGAUCAUUUGAGUUAUCUGCUGGAGAACAGCAGUGUUGGACUGGCAUCUCCAUCCAUGAGAGGAUCGACACCUUUAGACGUAGCGGCUUCAUCCGUCAUGGAUAAUAACAGUCUGGCCCUCGCGCUGGAGGAACCCGACCUCGACAAGGUGGUAACGUAUCUCGCCGGCUGUGGGCUGCAGAGUUGUUCCAUGCUCGUGGCUAAAGGAUAUCCAGAUAUCAGCUGGAACCCUAUCGAGGGUGAACGCUACCUUUCCUUCCUGCGGUUCGCUGUGUUUGUCAACGGUGAGAGCGUUGAAGAGAACUCCAGCGUGGUGGUCAAACUUCUGAUUCGCCGGCCGGAGUGUUUUGGCCCCGCCCUGCGAGGAGAGGGUGGAAACGGGCUGCUGGCAGCUAUGAAUGAGGCCAUAAAGAUCUCAGAGAACCCAGCGCUGGAUCUGCCCACCACGGCCCCGGGACACACGUCAGACACGUCCACUGAAGGUGAGGAAGAGGAGGAGGUGGUUCACAUGGGGAACGCCAUUAUGUCCUUCUACUCGGCUCUGAUCGAUCUGUUGGGCCGAUGCGCUCCCGAGAUGCACUUGAUCAAUAAAGGUAAAGGUGAAGCAUUGAGGAUUCGUGCCAUCCUGCGAUCUCUCGUGCCCAUUGAGGACCUGGUGGGCAUCAUCAGCAUCCCUCUGAAAAUGCCUGUGCUCAAUAAAGAUGAGAGUGUGACAGAGCCUGACGUGUCUGCCAGUUUCUGUCCGGACCACAAGGCUCCCAUGGUGCUGUUUUUGGAUCGCGUGUACGGCAUCGAGGAUCAGAGUUUCCUGCUGCAUCUGUUAGAGGUGGGAUUCCUGCCGGAUCUGAGGGCCGCUGCUUUACUCGACACGGAAUCUGUGCGGACGACCGAAAGCGCUCUAGCAAUGAACAGGUACAUCGGUUCUGCCAUGUUGCCUCUGCUCACGCGCUGCGCUCCUCACUUCACCGGCACAGAACAUCACACAGCGCUCAUCGACUCAACGCUUUACACCAUCUACAGAUUGUCCACAUGCUGUUCGCUCACCAAAGCUCAGAGAGACGCCAUCGAGGAGUGUUUACUGGCUGUCUGCAGGUAUCUCAGGCCGUCCAUGUUACAGCCUCUCUUACGCCGACUGGUGUUUGACGUGCCGUUGUUGUCCGAAUACUGUAUGAUGCCUCUGAAGUUGUUAUCGAAUCAUUACGAGCAGAACUGGAAGUAUUACUGCCUCCCGUCCAGCUGGGGCGGUCACGGUCUGCCGUCUGAAGAAGAGCUUCUGCUCACCAAGAAGAUCUUCUGGGGCAUCUUUGAUUCUCUCUCUCAGAAGACGUACGAUCAGGAGCUGUUUAAAAUGGCCAUGCCAUGUCUGAGCGCCAUCGCCGGAGCUCUUCCACCCGAUUACAUCGACCCGUCGCUCAGCACCGCGCUGGAGAAACACGAGUCUGUAGACACGCAGGGCAACUUUGACCCCAGACCCAUUAACACGGCCAAUGUUUGUCUGCCGGAGAAGCUGGAAUACACCGCCAACAAAUACACUGAACAUUGUCAUGAGAAAUGGGCUGCAGAGAAGGUCAUGCUGGGCUGGAAAUACGGAGAGAAUGUCGACGAAAAAUUAAAAACACACCCAAUGAUGAGGUCCUACAAAGCUCUCACAGAGAAGGAGAAAGAGACGUACCGCUGGAGCGUCCGUGAGUCACUGAAGAGCAUGUUGGCAAUGGGCUGGACAAUAGACCGAACCAAAGAAGGAGAAAUGACCUUUCAGCUGAGAGAGAUUGAGAAGAUGCGCAGGACUUCUCAAGUGUCUCAGGGUAACGGCUACAGCCCGACACCUCUAGACAUGAGCAAUGUGCCUCUCUCACGAGAACUCCAGUCGAUGGUGGAAGUUCUGGCUGAAAACUAUCACAACAUCUGGGCCAAGAAGAAGAAGAGCGACCUCGUAGCCAAAGGUGGCACUCAUCCUCUUCUGGUGCCCUACGACACACUCACAGCUAAAGAGAAAGUCAAAGAUCGUGAGAGAGCCCAGGAUCUUUUCCGCUUUCUGCUGAUUAACGGACAUUCGGUCAGCAGGGGAUUGAAGGACAUAGAACAGGACUCCUCCUCUAUGGAGAAACGAUUUGCUUAUAAAUUUCUCAAGAAGUUGCUGAAGUACGUGGAUUCUGCGCAGGAAUUCAUCGCUCAUCUCGAGGUCAUGGCUAGCAGUGGACAAAACAACAGAUCUCCGCAUGAACAGGAGAUCAAAUUCUUUGCUAAGGUCCUCUUGCCUCUCAUAGAUCAGUACUUCAAGAAUCACUCGCUCUACUUUCUGUCCUCGGCCACCAAGACGCUGAGCAGCAGUGGAUACGCCUCUAAUAAAGAGAAAGAGAUGGUGACCAGUCUCUUCUGUAAGCUGGCCGCUCUGGUUAGACACAGGAUCUCUCUCUUUGGAAGUGACUCCACUACUAUGGUCAGCUGUCUUCACAUCCUCGCACACACAUUAGACACCAGGACGGUGAUGAAAUCGGGAUCUGAGCUGGUGAAAGCGGGUUUGAGGACGUUCUUUGAGAACGCAGCAGAAGAUCUGGAGAAGACGUUGGAAAAUCUGAAGUUGGGGAAGUUCACUCACUCUCGCAGUCAGAUGAAGGGAGUUUCUCAGAACAUCAACUACACCACCGUCGCUCUUCUGCCCAUCCUCACGGCUCUGUUUGAACACAUCACAGAACAUCAGUUCGGCUCUGAUCUGCUGCUGGAUGAUGUGCAGGUGUCCUGUUAUAGAAUUCUGUCCAGUUUAUAUUCACUGGGAACUGGAAAGAACAUCUAUGUGGAGCGGCAGUUGCCGGCGUUGGGCGAGUGUCUGGCGACUCUGGCGGGUGUGAUCCCCGUGGCGUUCUUAGAGCCUCCGCUGAACAAACACAACAUCUACUCUGUGUUCAACACGAAGACGUCUCGUGAACGUGCAGUCGCAGGAAUGCCGGAGUGUGUGGAGGACAUGUGUCCUGAGCUCCCUCGUCUGGACGGUCUGAUGAAGGACAUUAAUGACAUGUCUGAGUCCGGCGCUCGAUACGCAGAGAUGCCUCACGUCAUCGAGGUGGUUCUGCCCAUGCUCUGUAACUAUCUGUCAUACUGGUGGGAGAAAGGACCGGAGAACUGUUCUGAGAACAGAGUGUCCGUCUGCAGCACCACCGUCACAUCAGAACACCUCAGCAUCAUCCUGGGCAACAUCCUCAAGAUCCUCAACAGCAACCUGGGCAUCGAUGAAGCCUCAUGGAUGAAACGCAUCGCAGUUUACGCUCAGCCCAUCAUCAGCAAAGCCCGCGCCGACCUGCUGAAAGCUCACUUUCUGCCCACGCUGGAGAAGCUGAAGAAGAAAACGGUGAAGGUGGUGGCGGAGGAGGAGCUUCUGAAGGCUGACGGCAAGGGCGACACCCAGGAGGCGGAGCUUCUGAUUCUGGAUGAGUUUGCGGUGCUCUGCAGAGAUCUGUACGCUUUCUACCCGAUGCUCAUCCGCUACGUGGACAACAACAGGUCUCGUUGGCUUAAGGAACCCGACGGCGAUUCACACGAACUCUUCAAGAUGGUGGCAGAGAUUUUUAUCCUGUGGUGUAAAUCACACAAUUUCAAGAGAGAAGAGCAGAACUUUGUGGUUCAGAAUGAGAUCAACAACCUCUCGUUUCUCACUGGCGACAGUAAAACUAAGAUGUCGAAGUCGUAUCUGCAGAAGUCAGGAGGUCAGGAUCAGGAACGGAAGCACAAGAAGCGUCGUGGUGAUUUUUACUCCAUCCAAACCUCUCUGAUCGUGGCGGCGCUGAAGAAGAUGCUGCCCAUCGGUCUGAACAUGUGUACGCCGGGCGAUCAGGAGCUCAUCAUGCUGGCCAAGACUCGACACAGCCUGAAGGACACAGAUGAGGAGGUGAAGGAACACAUCAGACAGAAUCUUCAUCUCCAGGAGAAGUCAGAUGAUCCUGCUGUACGCUGGCAGCUCAAUCUUUAUAAAGAUGUGAUCGUGAAGAACGAGGGACCUCCAGACCCGGAGAAAACGGUCGAGCGGAUCCACAGGAUCUCAGCGGCUGUGUUUCACCUCGAGCAGGUUGAACAGCCGUUAAGAUCAAAGAAGUUUGUUUGGCAGAAGCUGUUGUCUAAACAGAGGAAGAGAGCUGUGGUUGCGUGUUUCAGGAUGGCACCACUGUACAACCUGCCCAGGCACACAAUUAACAAUUACUUCCUGAAAUCAUACCAGUGCUUUUGGCUGGACAGAUUUCUAGAGAGUUCUGACCGUGACAGUCUGCUCACCAUCAUCACGAAGACACAACCGAAGACAGACGAGGAGGAAGAUGAGAUCAGAGAGACACAACCAGAUCCUCUUCAUCAACUCAUACUGCACUUCAGUCAUAAUGCACUGACAGAACGCAGUUCUGUGGAGGAUGAUCAGCUGUACGUGGCUUACGCAGACAUGAUGGCGAAGAGCUGUGCUGAGAAUGAGGAAGAUGAUGAUGAAGAGAAAGAGAAAUCAUUUGAGGAGAAGGAGAUGGAGAAGCAGAAGACUCUCUAUCAACAGGCUCGACUUCAUGACAGAGGAGCAGCAGAAAUGGUGCUACAGAUGAUCAGUUCUAGUAAAGGGCGUUUGGGUCGGAUGGUCACGUUCACACUGAAACUGGGCAUCUCUAUUCUGAACGGAGGAAACGUGUUAGUUCAGCAGAAAAUGCUGGACUAUCUGAAGGAGAAACGAGAUGUGGGAUUUUUCAAGAGUUUGUCUGGACUCAUGCAGUCAUGCAGUGUUCUGGAUCUGAACGCAUUCGAGCGUCAGAACAAAGCUGAAGGUUUGGGGAUGGUCACUGAAGAAGGUUGCAUCAACAUGAGAGAACGGGGUUCGAAAGUUCUUCAGAAUGAUGAGUUUACCAAAGAUCUUUUCAGGUUUCUGCAGCUGUUGUGUGAAGGACAUAAUAACGAUUUUCAGAACUUCCUCAGAACACAAACAGGAAACACGACCACAGUUAAUAUCAUCAUAAGCACUGUGGACUAUCUGCUCAGACUGCAGGAAUCCAUCAGUGAUUUUUACUGGUAUUACUCUGGUAAAGACGUCAUGGAUAAAGCGGGGCAGCGUAAUUUCUCCAAAGCUCUUGCCGUAGCAAAACAGAUCUUCAAUUCACUCACUGAAUACAUCCAGGGUCCGUGUAUUGGGAAUCAGCAGAGUUUGGCUCACAGCAGACUCUGGGAUGCUGUUGUUGGAUUUCUUCAUGUUUUUGCUAACAUGCAAAUGAAGCUGUCACAGGACUCCAGUCAGAUCGAGCUGUUGAAGGAGCUGUUGGAUCUACAGAAGGAUAUGAUUGUCAUGAUGUUGUCACUUCUGGAAGGUAAUGUUGUGAACGGGACUAUCGGUAAACAGAUGGUGGACACUCUCGUGGAAUCCUCCAGCAACGUGGAGAUGAUCCUGAAGUUCUUCGACAUGUUCCUCAAGCUGAAAGAUUUGACCACCUCCGACAGCUUCAAAGAGCACGACCCCGACCGCAAAGGAGUCAUCUCCAAGAAAGAGUUUCAGAAGUCCAUGGAAAGCCAGAAGCAGUACUCGCAAUCCGAGAUCGAUUUCCUGCUGUCCUGCGCCGAGGCCGACGAGAACGACAUGUUCAACUACGAGGAGUUUGUUGAACGCUUCCAUGAACCGGCCAAGGACAUCGGUUUCAACAUGGCGGUCCUGCUCACCAACCUAUCAGAGCACAUGCCCCACGACGCCCGUCUCGCCACCUUCCUGAACCUGGCUGAAAGCGUCCUGAACUACUUUGAGCCCUUCCUGGGCCGCAUCGAAAUCAUAGGUGGAGCUAAGAGAAUCGAGAGGGUUUACUUCGAGAUCAGCGAGUCCAGCAGAACUCAGUGGGAAAAACCGCAGGUCAAGGAGUCCAAGCGACAGUUCAUCUUCGAUGUCGUCAACGAGGGCGGAGAAUCCGAGAAGAUGGAGCUGUUCGUCAACUUCUGCGAGGACACCAUUUUCGAGAUGCAGCUGGCGUCUCUGAUCUCCGAGCCGGACGCGGCGGAGAGGCCGGAGGAGGACGACAAUGACGACGCACUGAGCGUGACCGAGAACCAAGAGGAGGAGGAAGACAACGCGGCGUUGGAGUCGUCCUCGGCGUUCACUCUGGCCUGCGUCUCCACAAGGAAAAGUCUGUCGAACCUCAGACGGAUGCUGUCGCUGAAAAGCAUUAGAAGACAGUACCGAAAGCUGAGGAAGAUGAGCGUGAAGGAGAUGAUACGAGGCUUCUUCUGCUUCUUCUGGACGAUCUUCGUUGGCACGUUCCGCUUCCUCUACAAUCUCCUGUGGGGUUUCUUUCACAUCCUCUGGUCCACCCUGUUCGGCGGAGGUCUGGUGGAAGGAGCCAAGAACAUGAAGGUGACGGAUAUUCUGGGGAACAUGCCCGAUCCCACGCAGUUCGGGAUCCAUGGCGACGUUCUGGAGAUGGAGAAGCUUGAAUACUGUGACGCGUCUGAGGCAUCCGAGCUGGGGUGCCAGUCGGUCGGUGAGCGGGCGGAGAUGGACCUGAUGUCAGAACUGAUGAACGUUCAGCCCAGGAGAGAGGGAGGCAAACACGGGAUGGAGCCGGGACUGGGAGACGUGUCUGAGGUGGUCGGGGUGGACGCUCCUUCUUUGGCCAGCGCUGUUCACCAGAAGAAAGCUCAGGAAGCUGCGAUGAACGCUGCAGAGUCUGAAGCCAAAUGGGAGUCCGAGAAGGCCGAUGUUGAAGACAAAGAGAAGACAUAUCAGGGCAGGAGAGAUGAACCUGUGUCGGGGCCAGCGGCAUAUAAAGAGAGGAAGCCUGUGAAGAACAGAGGUGGACUGAAGAAAGAAACGCCUGACGCUUGCAUGGCUUCGUUUUUAGCCGGUCUGGACGUCUAUCAGACUAAAAUGCUGAAUUAUCUGGCUAGAAACUUUUACAACCUGCGUUUUCUGGCACUGUUUGUGGCUUUUGCCAUCAACUUCAUUCUGCUCUUCUACAAGGUGACAGGCGAGGACUCUGAUGAUUUGGAUCCGUGGGUUCGGCGUGGUGGUGCUGGUGCUGGUGAUGAUGAUGGUGUUGUGGAGUAUUUUGUUCUUCAGGAGAGCAGUGGUUAUAUGGCCCCGACUCUCCGCUUCCUCGCCGUCAUGCACACGCUCAUCUCCUCUCUCUGUGUGCUGGGAUAUUAUUAUCUGAAGGUUCCGCUGGUGGUCUUCAAGCGUGAGAAGGAGAUUGCACGUAAACUGGAGUUUGAUGGGCUGUACAUCACUGAGCAGCCGUCAGAUGAUGAUAUAAAAGGACAGUGGGACAGACUCGUCAUCAACACACCAUCUUUCCCCAACAACUACUGGGACAAAUUUGUGAAACGCAAGGUGAUAAACAAGUACGGAGAUCUGUACGGUGCCGAGCGGAUCGCAGAACUGCUGGGUUUGGAUAAAAGCGCUCUGGAUUUUAAUCCCACCGAAGACGCCGUUAUGAAAGACGCCUCGCUGCUGUCCUGGUUAAGCUCCAUCGACACCAAGUAUCACGUGUGGAAGUUGGGCGUAGUCUUCACAGAUAACUCUUUCUUGUAUCUGGUCUGGUACACCACGAUGUCUGUACUGGGACAUUAUAAUAACUUCUUCUUCGCCGCUCAUCUGUUGGACAUCGCCAUGGGCUUCAAAACCCUGCGGACCAUCCUGUCAUCGGUCACACACAACGGCAAACAGUUGGUGUUGACGGUCGGUCUGCUGGCUGUGGUUGUCUAUCUCUACACCGUCGUGGCUUUCAACUUUUUCCGCAAGUUCUACAACAAGAGUUCAGACGAGGACGAGCCCGACAUGAAGUGUGAUGACAUGAUGACUUGUUACCUGUUUCACAUGUACGUUGGCGUCCGUGCUGGUGGAGGUAUUGGAGAUGAAAUCGAGGACCCCGCGGGUGACCCGUAUGAACUCUACCGCAUUCUUUUUGACAUCACCUUUUUCUUCUUUGUGAUUGUUAUCCUGCUGGCUAUCAUACAAGGUUUGAUCAUCGAUGCGUUCGGAGAGUUGAGAGAUCAGCAGGAACAGGUCAAAGAAGACAUGGAGACUAAAUGUUUCAUCUGUGGAAUCGGGAACGAGUAUUUCGACACGACGCCGCAUGGCUUUGAGACUCACACGCUGCAGGAGCACAAUCUUGCCAACUACCUAUUUUUCUUGAUGUACCUGAUAAACAAGGACGAGACCGAACACACCGGACAGGAGUCGUACGUAUGGAAGAUGUAUCAGGAGAGAUGUUGGGAUUUCUUUCCCGCCGGUGAUUGUUUCCGUAAGCAGUAUGAAGAUCAGCUGGGCUAGACCAGAUCCAGAAACGAUCCGUCCAACCUUAUCUUCGACAGAACUCGUUUCCUAACCAUGACACAACAGCACACGUCGGACCGAACUUACCUCGAAAUAAAACGACAGCCGUGCCAAUCUAGUGGAACCUCCUUCGCUUCUCUCCGGACAUUUUCUUUCGUUCGUUUUCGGUGAGAAAAACAAACUCAAACGACUCGUUGCCUUCUUUGACCCAUUGCACAACGUCUCUCGCGUGGAACUCUCGGACGCGUGGGGUUAUCGAGCGACUUCUCAGCCGUAUAUGCACAAGAAAAACUUCUUCGGUAUUUGGAGAGCAUGAUGCCAAAAGAGCCGGAUCGGAUGAUAUUUAUUUCAGAUUUUCUUUCAACUGCCUGCUGAUGUGAGUUUAUAACGGGGUUGGUUGGUCUUGCUGUGAUUUUCCUAAUAAAAACCUUCUCAAAGUGCCUUACGUCCAUAACAUCUGAGCUAUGCAAGAUCUGCUGUUCCUCUCCGAUGUCGUGCCGCGGUAAACGUGUCUGGUUUCGUGACCUCUGGACCGGUGUUUGAACGGGAGAUUUGUAGCGUCGGCUGGGGUUUGUGGGUUGUUGUUGUCGUUCCGUCAUGUGGUUUUAAUGACACAGAAGGUGAGAUGCUGUCGUUUGCCUGUUGGUGCUGUAUCUAGUAGCUUUGCUGAAUUGUGCAUUUCUUUUGAAGGACGAAUAAAGAAAUCGUUGCA